CAACAGGAAAUCAAUUUGGGGCCGUUUAGCAUGUGUUUACAUCUGUGAAAUGAUAGGCCUAUAUUGGAAAAUAUAGAUCAAAAGGGAGCUUAGAUUGUCCUCAUUACCAGUGGGAGGCAGCAAUGCACGAUCAGUGUCUAGUCUGCCGAAAAGAAAAGAAGAAGAAGAAACAGCUACAGUAGCAGUUGCUUAGCUAGUACACCCAUUAGUAGCAGCAUCUGGUGUUCCGUGUGAUUUACACAGACCCCGGACUAGUUUCUGGCCCAUUCUGCCCACCACUUGUCGGGUUUCACGUCGGAAGAGUCCUGAGAGUUGCAGCCCUGCAUUCCAAAAGGGAAGAAGAGUACUUGACCAUGAGCUCAGAUGAUGGUGACAUGGAGAACCAGGCUGAGCUGGAAGAGAAGACGAGGCUCAUCAACCAGGUGUUGGAGCUUCAACACACUUUAGAGGACCUGUCUGCCCGAGUGGAUGCUGUCAAAGAGGAGAACCUGAAGCUGAAGUCAGAGAACCAGGUUCUGGGUCAGUACAUUGAGAACCUGAUGUCUGCCUCCAGUGUCUUCCAGACCACGGACACCAAGGGCAAACGGAAGUAAGGAGAACUUCUGAGAGGCCUGACCUAGAACACAGUCCACGCCCUGGACCCAACCGGACUCUAAUGAUCCACAUGAUGGACCCUUUUAAUACUGCUUGUGCCGUAAACGUGGUUUCAUUCAGUGUGUGUGGUGGGAACACAAAAACCCCUUCACAUCUUUGUUCAGAGCGACCAAUCGGCACCACAGCUUUGGAAGCGUGGAAGAGGAAUACAUUGUGUGAGCUGAAAAAAAAAAAAAAAAAAAAAAAAAAGAUCCCUCUUCA